CAUUGACCGCCGACGCACAAGCCUCGCGCGGUGCAGAAGGCGCGCACGUACGUAUACACGUCGCCGAUAUGGAAAAACCAAGUCGACCCACGGUCGUUCUGUCGCGCGGUUCGCACACGUAAAACGCGCAAGAAAGAAUCGAGAGAAAACGGGCCAGAAAAAAUAAGCAAUAAGCCGCGCGUAUAAUGCGUAAGGUUACGCUCGCGCGUUCACGUUCACGGGGUGUCGGUGUAUGCUCGCGUUAUUAGCAUGAGCAUUUCUCAAGAUAGCGCCGCUACGAUUGUAUGCAGGGAGGUUUUCGACGAGACAUCUCACCCAACGAAGGAAGAACUGCUGGAUUAUGCAAAACGUCUGGGAAUUGAUCCCGAUGCGGAACCACACCUUCUCAACUUGGCUCGCGAGGGUCUCAUGGCGGCCCUGCCCAAGGGUUGGUCUCCAUGUUUCCACGAGGCUUACGGUGCCUGGUAUUAUUACCAGACAUCCACCGGUUACACCUCCUGGGAGCAUCCCCUGGACGAGGUCUACAGGAAGCUCGUGGAACAAGCCAGAGCCGGCAAGAGGCAAAUGAGUCUUGAGGAGGAUUCUAAGACCACUGCCAAGGAUCUCGAGUCUCAUGAAGACGCGACCUUGCCGAAGGAGACCAUCACUUCGAAGGAGACGGCCGUCAAAGAACCCACAACCACCGCCACCACUACCGCCUCCGCCACCACCAUCAUCACUACCACCACCACCACCACCAUCACCACCACCACCACCACCACCGCUGCCGACGCUGCCGUCAUCGUCACUACCUCCAGUACAAUCUCUAAGGAGACUACCAGCCAUCUCAAGCCCGGCAUGGCGGGCACCAAGAUUCCCACGAAGCUGGCGCCUCUGCGGAAGAUCGAGAAAGCCGAUGGCUCGUCGCGGAAGAAGGAACGGCCUUCCUCCUUUGAUAGGCUCCAGUCCAGGCGAGAGAGCGACUCUAAAUCCGACAACAUAAUAUCCUUGUCAAGUGAUCGAGCCGCCAGGGACUAUACCAACCUGAGAUUUCAAGAUCCGCGAUUCUAUGAAUGCCCGAAACUACUGGAGUCAACGACUACGAGUACGACAACAACUACGAGCACAACAAAUGCGACAACCGGGAGGAAAGAAUUCGACCUGAAAGAGGUACUGAAGAGGUCUGAGUCGCUGAGUCCGUGGCACGAGAAAGACUGGGAGCAGCUGUCAAGCAAAUUUAGUUCCGAAGAGAACAUAAUCGACAUCGACAGGCUCAGCGCCAGCACUCUCGCUCGGCCAGAGAGGCUGGAGAAGUUUGACAAAGAGAAGCACCCGAGCCAAUUGGGUCAACAGAAGGAGCUGACCCUCAGCGGCGGGGGGUCGAUGUUUCUAAAGAGCAACAGGAGCAGGGACACCACACCUAGUCAAGACGGCGGUAAACUGGAGGAUUUUCGGGCGUUGACCAUCUCUGACGAGAGCAACAAUGCCGUUAUCGGUGACCGACCCAAGUCCAUUCUGAGGGAGAAACAAUUGGAGGACGACGACAGACCGUUGGACGAGGAACGUAAGAGCGUACGCUUCGACCUGGAAAAAGAAAUCGACAUCAAGUUCACAUAUUCAGAAUCCGAGGAUGACUGGGAGUCCGAGUCUGACGAUCAAAUUCUGCGGAUAUCAGCGGUGGUCAGUAAUAAAAUCACUGGGUCCAUACUGUCGCCGUUGAAACCGGGCCCGCCGAGUCUGGAGGACGACAACAAUGACGACGACAACAAGGACAACUAUUCCACCGAGAAGGAGCAAAGCAACAAGGCAGAGCCGGAAGUUGGCAGGCGGCGUUUGUCCUUGGAGAAGAUCGAGACCGUGUCGAAGAACGCGAAGUUAGUUGGCAGGCGAUUUAUCGUGCAAAACGUUUCCGAGAAUGAGCAUCGCAGCCAGAUGACGAGGGACAGUUUCCAGAGGGAUAACAGUCUUGAUUAUCUGCCAAAUAAGUUUGAGAAGGUGAAGAAUAUCGACCUGGUGUCGAAGAGCGAGAGCGACAGCGUCGCAAAGAGCAGCGACUCCGAGGAGAUGCGCCGCACGAAGUUGAUCGUCGAGAAGGCGAGACGCGCGGCCAAUCGUUUAUCGAAUCGGCAACUUGAAGACGACGAGUCGUCGGACAUGUCCAAGAUCCAUCAGGAUUAUGUGACUGCGAAAAAGGAGCGUUUUGUACGGCCAAAGCUGGAGUAUUCCCGCAGUAUCGACGAUAUGAAGAUGAAGUUGAAUCGGGAGCACGAGAAGGAGAUUGAGGCUUUCAAGAUUGAGCUCGAGGUCAAGUUGCAGGAAAGAAAGAAGGAGCUGGAGGAUAACUUUGUGCAGCAGAAGAUCCUGUUGCAGCAGUUCUGGAAUCAAAGGCUGGAAGAGAUCAAGCAGGAAAUGGCUCAGAAGGAGGAACAGGAAAUUCAAGUAUUGAUAACCGAGAUGGACGAGGCUAGAAUAGAGAACUUGAAGAAGGUUCGCGCAGAGCUGGAGGUUUGCUACGAGAAAGAGCGGCAAGAGAUAUUAUCCAACCUAGAUAUCGAACUCGACGAGAGGAAGAGGGAACUUCUGGAGCUGCGAAAUCAGGAAAUGGGCAAGCUGGAGAAUGAGCACGAGCGAGAUCUGAGCGAAGAGAAACUUGCGAAGCUGAAUGAAUACGAGCUGAGGAAACAGCAGUCCGAAAAGAUUGAGAGCAUGAAAAAGGAAUUGGAGAAGGAGCUCGAGGACUUGCGGAACGAAUUGAGAAUGCAGCAACGCGAAAAGAUCACUAAGUUUACCGAGGAUCAUGAGCAAUGUUUAGCUGAAAUCCUUCGUGAUUUCAGGAUGGAUGAAGCUCUCGCUCGCAAAAUGUAUAAGGAGCGACUAGAGGAGAUCCGGGCGGACUUUGCACGGGACGCUGAGAAGGAGGCAAAGAAACAGGCCGAGCGAGCCCUCCAGCAAGACAGCAUCGACUUUGAAAAGAUGCGCUGCGAGAAGCGGUUGCUGCAGGACAAGUACACGGCGCUCAAGGAGAAGUAUAUGAAGCUGAAGAACGAUGUUCGCCUCGCGGUCGAGAGGAGAAGCAGGCGGAAGGAGGGUUACACCACGGCCUCGGAGACCGAAAGAUCGGCAUCCACCCGGACUAGAACGGAGAGAACCGAGUCGUCGGAACAAAACAGUACUUCACUGAGGAACGCGCGUUCGAGCCCGGUAACAAACGCGAAAUCGCAGGAAGGCCAGUGCGCGAGCGAACAGGCUGACGAGCAAAACGAUCUGGACACUAACUCAAGGAGUCAGAAGGCGGCCACGGGGUUUCAAAAACCCGUGGCCGCCGCUUCCGUCGCAGCCGCCACCGUCACCGUCACCGCCACCGCCGCCGCCGUCGCCGCCACCACCGCCACCGUCGCUGCCCCCGUCGCAGCCACCGUCGCAGCCGCCACCACCGCCUCAUCCGGCGCCGUUGGCUCGAAGAGCGCGGCAAAAUUUGAGUCCGACGACACUACCACCGCCAGUGAGACGAACGCCAACAUGAUGAUGAUGAAGAAGAGGAAGAACUUCAGCAAGAAGGUCGCGUCGAGCGCGGCUCGCUCGAGCGCGGCCAGCGGCAACAAUAACAACAUGGAGAACCCUGUGGAGAACAUACGGAAGCAGUUGAAGAAGCUGGAGGACCUCGGCGAUCAGCUGCCGAGUAACGAAACGGCCUAUACAGUGCGAUAUCCUUUCCAAGAUAAAGCGCCGGCGAACGCCUCUUCGGAGCUAGAGUUCUUCCGUCACCGGAUUCAUGUGGAGAGGGAUUCGGUGAGGAGGGCUCGCGAGGCGCUCAGACAACAGAGAAGUGCCUUUCAGGGUAGGCAGAGAGCUUGGAAACAGCGGAGCGCGAGAGCUACAUUGGAACAACUGGUGCAGGAGGAGCGCGAACUUUCCGACAUGGAGGUGAGUUUGCAUCGCACCAGGAGCCUACUGGGCGAGAAAGUUAUUCACCUGAGACAUCUGGAACAGUCUCUGGAACGAGUCGCGAACGAUAAGCAAAACGAGAACGACGCGUCUUCCACAAAAAACGAUGAACUGACACUGAGCGACAUGUCGAGCGCCAGUAGUGGCUUCAGCUCGACCGAUUUGGGAACUGAUACCUUCGUAGAUAAGCCAGAUCAUUACCAAGAGUCCACCGAAAUUAUUGCGAGCUUAGAAAAUUUGAACUCGGAAAUACGAGAAAUUUGGGAUGUCUUGAAUAAACGGCAGGACAGUAACAUACCUCCAACACCGGCUCUUAUGUAUUCUUAUUUACGAUGGUUACGGUUUCAUCAUCUCACGGCGCAACCUAACACCAUGCAAGGUGCCUUCGGUACUCCCAACAUACAGCCCAACAUUUUAUCUCAAUUAACCACCGCGCAACCUCCCACUACCACGACUCAGAAUAUUAUCGCCCAGUACGGCCCUAAUAGUGGUUUUACCACCAGCGUUGGUACGGUUGAGAGAAGCGCCUCGAACUUGAUGGAAAGGACCAGAAACCUCAGGGAUUGGUUACGCCAAGCGCGCAUUGAGACUACCGACUUGAUUAGUCCGGGUCAGGCGACUCUUUAAAUCCGGUUAACAUCCGGAGAAGAGAACCUCAAGUAUCUUUUCUUUCGCCAAGUUGAUCUUUAUUCUCGCAGAUAACUGCUCACGCUGUGUAACCAUCUGAAAGAGAGACUGUGUUGAGUCAAUUGAUGAUA